AUGGGAUUCACCGUGCUGGAAUCAGACCAGUCUGUCUUCGUCAAAUUUACCAAAGAUGGCCCCAUUUACGUCCUGAUCUACAUCGAUGACCUACUUAUCACUUCCCCGGCCAACAAACUCAUUGUGCAGUUCAAAACUGAGCUUGCAAAGCACUUCGACCUCACUGACAAGGGAGAAGUCGAGCGGUUUCUGGGAACAGACAUCAUUCGUCGUCCGGAAGGGAUUUAUCUCUCCCAAGAGGACUACGUCGUCAAAACCCUGCUAAAAUUUGGUCUGCAUGAGCUAAAUAGCGCCCAUACGCCAAUGAAUGAGAGGAUGAUCCUUAUUUCGAAUCCAGCUGAAAUUCCUGCGUCCAAAACCGAUGUGAAACGGUUCCAGGAACAAAUUGGCUCUCUCAUCUGGCUGAUGGUGUCUACUCACCCCAACAUCUCGUUCCCCGUCAUUAAAUUGACUCGUUUUACGACCAAUCCGGGCGAACAGCAUUGGGCUGCCCUCAAACGGGUCUUCCGCUAUCUACAGGGCUCAAAGGACCUAUACAUUUUCUUCGUGGACAAGCGGCACUAUCUGGCCAAGGGCCCCACCGCCGUUUACGACGCCGAGAAUCGAGUACGCGACAUACUCGAUCCCGAAUUAGCGGACCCAGAUCCUGUCCCCGAAUACCGAGAUUUAGGGCUCAUUGGAUACUCCGACGCAGACUGGUCUAGCCCUCAUUCCAAGAGUGCCCUAUCUACAUCCGGUUUCGUCUUCAUAUUCGACGGAGGACCCAUUUCCUGGACCUCUAAGAAACAACCCUGCGUUGCGACCUCGACCACCGAAUCCGAAUACAUCGCGCAGGCCCUCGCGACCCAGAAAGCCAUCUAG